GUUGCGUGACUUGGAAGGCAUUAACAAAUCUCUGAAGUACUACAAAGACACCUACAAUUCCUUGGACACGUGGAUUCAACAAGUGGAAGACACUCAGCGAAAGAUGCAAGAAACCCAUCCAGAGAACAGCAAAGCGCUGGCCAAGCAGCUGAACCAGCACAGGAUGCUGGUGUCCGAGAUUGAAAUGAAGCAAAGCAAAAUAGAUGAAUGCCAGAAGUACUCAGAACAGUAUUCAGCUGCUGUGAAGGACUACGAGUUGCAGACCAUGACCUACAGAGCUAUGGUGGACUCCCAGCAGAAGUCCCCGGUGAAGCGCCGCAGGAUGCAGAGCUCAUCAGACUUCAUUAUUCAGGAGUUCAUGGAUUUACGGACCCGUUACACCGCCCUGGUGACGCUGAUGACGCAGUACAUUAAGUUUGCAGGGGACUCUCUGAAAAGGCUGGAGGAGGAGGAGGCGUUAAAGAGCAAGGAAGCGUCGGUGCGUGAGGCGUAUUCGGAUUUAAUGGCUCGGCAAAACAGCACGGUUGAUGAGAACAGAAAGCUCAUGGGAAGGGUAAAGACUCUUGAGGAGAUGUUGGAGGACGUGAAGAAACAAAAACUUAAAGCGGAACAGGAGCUCCCAAAGGUGAGGGCGGCUGCAGAAAAGGAGCUGAAGCAGCAGCAGAGGGACAUGGACGAGAUUUGUCUUCAGAAGAGCAGGGCUGAGCAGGAGGCCAGGCAGUGCCGAGUGGAUCUGGAGAGCGUCGAGAAGGAGAAGGCAGACGCAGAGCAGGAGCUGGAGCGUGUGAGGCAGCGCAUUUCCCAGGCCGAGAGCCAAAGAAGUAUCCUGGAGGAAAACCUCCGUGCUUUUCGGAUUCAAAUAGAAGAAAGCACCUUUACCAGGAGAAGCCUUGAGGAGCACCUGAGAAGAAAAGAUACCAAUCUUCACGAUUUAGAGCAACAAAAAAAGGCCUUAAUGCAGGAGCUGGAGAAAAAAACGGAAGGAGAGGAGAAACUGAUGAAACUGGUCAAGCAAAUGGAGCAAGACCUUGAAUUUCAGGGGAAUCUAUCAGAAAUAAAGCUGCUAGGAAAAGAGCAAAGUGCUGCCAGAAGGCAGGUGGUUGAGGGCAGGUACUGUGUAACCACAGACACUUCCACGGCUGGGCAGGACAGGACCGGGUCCGAAAUGACGAGUUUCCAGAGGAAACAAGACACCAAAAAAGUAGAAGAGCUUAAACAGAAGGUGGAUGAGCUGACCCUGGCCAACAAAAAGGCUGAUAAAGCUAUCAAGGACCUGAAAUAUGAACUGAAUGAAGUCGAGCUUCAGAAAUCAUCAUCAGAGGAAAAGUCUCGUUUGUUAAAAGAAAAGCUGGAUAAGGUCAACAGUGAACUUAAAUGCCUGAAAAUUAAGUUGGAGGAGAAAGACCAGGCAGAGCAGGGGUAUUUGCAGCAGCUGAAGGAGCUGGACAAGCAGCUGCUGAGAACCACGGGCAAAGCUGAAGAGGUAAUGCAGGAAGCGAUGGAUCUCAAGAAAAUCAAGAUGAGCUAUCAGGAGGAGCUGGAAAGGACACAGCUGAGAAGGGAGGUAGAGGAGUUAACUCGAUCCCAGACUAAAACCGAAAUCACUGUCAAACAUUUACAUGCACAGAUCAGCUCUCUUCAGAAGGAGAAGCUGGCAGCUGAGCAGAGAACGCAGUCGUGCAAAGGAGAAGCAAAUCACCUCCAGGACCAGUACAAGAAAAUUCAGGAACAGUUGCUUCAGAAGACAAAAAUAGAGGCAGAAAGCCAUCAGGAGAUCCAGAUGCUGAGGAGCGAGUUAGCCAAAAGUAAUCAGGUGUCAGAAACACUGCAACGAAAGAUAGAGGACCUCAAUAAGUGGAAUACGGAAACAAAACUGGUGAUGAAGCGAGUUCAGUCUGAAUCGGAGAAGAUGGCUUUGGAAAAACAGAGCAUCCAGAGGAAAAACGAUGCGUUAAAGGCCCUGGCAGACGGUUUCAAAGAGCAGCUGCGUACAACCAACGAGCAGUUGCACAAGCAGACAAUAAUAGAGCAAGAAUUCAUGUGUAAAAUCAAAAGCCUGGAAGUUGAGCUGGCCAAGACAAAAGAGCUGGCCAGUGAAUACAGACAGAAAUACGAGAAGCAGAGCGCUUCCACCCUGACCAUUGACCAGGAGGUGAAAAGUCUGAGCGCGCAAACGAACGCUCUGACGAUGGAAAAGCGAGCGAACGAGCAGAAGUUACAGCUGCAGCAAGCUCACGUACAAGAGCUGAGUAGUAAGUUAAAAAAGCUGCAGGACGAGCUCCAUCAGAAGACUCUGGACGAGCAAACGGCACGCAAGAAGAUGGUCCUGUUCCAGGAGGAGUCCAUUAAGUUUAAACACUCGGCGGAGGAGUUCAGGAAAAAGGUGGAGAAGUUACUGGAGUCCCACAGCACGACAGAAAAGGACAUUUCUGGCGUAAAGCUGGAAUGCGUCGCUCUGCAGCAAGAGAAGCAGCUGGCCGAGGAAAACAUGAUGCUGUACAAGGUGCAGGUGGAAGAGCUGCAGGAGAGGCUGCGGGUGUGCCAGGAGCAGCUGCAGCAGGGUACGCAGGCGGAGCUGGACCGCCAGCAGCGGUGCCGGAGGCUGGAGGAGGAGCUGGAGGCGCAGAAGCGCGCGGUUGAGAGCUUGAGGCUGAGGUUGGAGCUGCAGGGCAAUGAGAGCGACCACCAGCCCCUCAUGUUUGUUCAGCAGAACGGUAACCUGCAAGAUUCGGGCUUGAAAUGGAGCUGCGAGAGAGCAGGGAGCGAUUUCCAUUACCUGAGCGGCACCGCAGCCAGGGAAUUUGAGCGGCUUCCUCCGCACGCAAAGCCUGGCUCCCCUCUGCUGAGGCAGAAACAGGAGAGGUCGGGUUUGAAAUCCGAUCAGAUAGAGGAAAGCAGAGUCUAUGUGAGCGCUGACGACGUGGUGCCCAGGGAGCUGCAGUUCCAGAUGUCGGCCGUAAACCAGGCGCUGGAAGAAGAUGCGAGGCCGCAGUCCUUCACCGAGUUUGUGUCUCAGAUGAGUACCCAGUUCCAGAUAACUUUUGACAAGGCGAGCCAGAUUUCGGGGACCUCGGAAAGGGACACGUUGAUAAACAGGAACCUGCACAGCUCCAGACAAAACGUUAGGCACGGGGAAGACGUGAAGCACGAGUUGGGAGCGGUAAAACUGCAUCCCCUGGAGAUAGUGAAGAACAUGCGGGUUGAAGUCACCGCGCUCAACCAAGAACACGACAAGACUUUCGGUCACGAGGAGAGACUUUUUGAGGGAUACAAAGCAUCCGAGGGGUUUAGGAGAGAAGACUUUGCAAAGAUGAGCUCUGUGGUAGGGGAAGAGAUGUUCAGAGCAGUUGACGAUGCUGCCCAGGUGGAGCAUUUCACAGAGGAAUACGACAACAUUAAAUUCCGAGGUCUCCGACGCGAUGUCUCUGCCAGGCAGUUGGCCGAAGUGAGGCUUUUAGACAGGCCCACCGUGGAGCAGCUCAUUUCAGGGCAGAAAACCCUUGAGGAGGUUCAGAAAAGCCUGGACAGGUUUCUAACUAAGCCUACGGCUGUGGCUGGGCUGUACCUCGAGUCCAGCAAGGAAAUCCUCUCCUUUGCUUCAGCAGCCAAGAGAAGACUCAUAGGCAAAGCGCUGGCGUUGGCAUUUUUAGAGGCCCAAGCAGCCACCGGCUUCAUCAUCGACCCCAGCACGGGGCAGACGGUGUCUGUGGAUGAGUCGCUUGGUAGAGGGCUGGUGGAUAACGAGUUCAGGAGCAGGCUGCUGGAGGCAGAGAAAGCCGUGCUGGGAUACCGCUGCUCCGGGAAGCUGCUCUCUGUGUACCAGGCUAUGGACGCUCGGCUUUUGGACAGGCAGAAGGGGAAGAACAUCCUCGAGGCUCAGAUUGCGAGUGGAGGGGUCAUCGAUCCCGUAAGGAGCGUUCGUGUGCCCCCGGAAACCGCCGUGCAGCUCGGCUUGGUCAAUAACACCAUCCUGAAGUUCCUGCAUGAGCCUUCGAGUAACGCCAAGUGUUUCCACAAUCCGAACAGCAGGAAAGAGAUGUACUACUGCGACUUGCUGAAAUUGUGCGUGUUCAGCCUGAGCAGUCAAUGCUUUCUGCUUCCAGUUGGGGAAAGGAAAAUAAGCAGCCCCUCGGCAGAGAAAAGCCAUAAGAUUUCUGUAGUAGAUGUCGGAACAGGAGCUGAGAUGACUUCCUAUGAGGCUUACAAAAAAAAUUGUGUUGAUAGAGCUACGUAUCUUGAGCUUUCAGAACAGGAAUUCGACUGGAAGGAGUCGACGUGUUUCGACUCCGAUGGGAAUUCUUUCCUUUUGCUCACGGAUCUUAAAACCGGUGUACAGCUGAAUAUCGAGGAGGCCUUAAAUCAGGGUAGAAUCAGCAGAGCGUUAGUGAAUACCUAUAAGGAGGGCUUAAUCACAGCUAACGAGUUUGGUGAUAUUUUAGUGAGCAGUUCGCAGCCAAAGAAAGACGUGAACAGCCCUAUAGCAGGGUUCUGGCUCUCUGAAACCAAUCAGAGAAUCACAGUCCUAAAAGCCUCGCGCAAAAACUUGGUGGACAGAGUUACCGCCCUUCGCUGUCUCGAGGCGCAGGUCAGCACAGGGGGCAUCAUCGAUCCCUUCACUGGGAAGAGGUACAGCGUUUCGGAGGCUUUGCGGAGGGAGUUGAUCGAUGAGGGCUGCGCCAGGCAGGUUCGGCAGUGUGAACUGGUCUUUACUGGACCAGCAGCAGCGGUCGAAGGCGUGCACGUGAGUAACGCAGACAGAGAAAUGGGGCUGCGCUGCCUGGAGUACCAGCACUUGACGGGUGGGCUGGUAGACCCAACGACUCGCUCCAGGUUGACGAUGGAAGACGCCAUUAAGAGCGGUGUCGUUGACGCUGUCACGGCUACGAAGAUGCAAGAUGAGAAAUCGUACGUUAGAGUCAUAACGUGCCCCAAAACGAAGAAGAAGCUGACGUACAAAGAAGCUUUAGAGAGAGCAGUUUUUGACUGCCACACUGGGCUGCGGUUGUUAGAAGCUGCUCAGCCCCUGAAAACAGGAAUUUCCAGUCUUUACUACAGUUCAUAG